GGGGGCGGGACUUAAAGGGCCCAAUGAGGCAACCAUAGAUGGUUAUUAUCGGAUAAAAAAAAAAGAACAGUAAAGUUUUUCGGUCUAAUGCAACUUUCACAAUGAACGGGACCGCGUAUUCGAACUUUGACAACCAAGAACAUGUGCUGAAAUUAGGGGAGACCUUCGAGAAACAUCCCAAAAGUGCCUACCACACAGUGCGAUAUGACUUCAAACCAGCCUCUAUUGACACAACAUGUGAAGGAGAGCUUGAAGUCGGCAAAGGAGAACAAGUCACGAUAACAUUACCAAAUUUAGAGGGGUCCAGUGCUCCAGUCACAGUAUUUAAAGGAUCCAAACGUCCGUACAUGAAGGAAUGUAUCCUCAUUGUGAACCAUGACACCGGAGAGUACAGACUUGAGAAACUCAGCAGUAACAUUGCUGUCAAGAAAACGAGAGCGGAGGGCAGCAGUAAGAUCCAGUCUCGUCUGGAACAGCAGACCAGUCGUCUCACUCAAUUGAGGAACAACAAACCAUCCAGUGCCUCAAAGAGCCCCCCCAAAGGAAAGACCUCCCCCACCUCCCCCAUGGAUGACAUUGAGAGAGAGCUGAUGGCAGAGGCUCAGGGUAUGGACCAGCUCAGCAGCAGUGAUAGCUCCUCAAACGGCUCCUCUUCCUCCAGCAGUGAUGACUCAAGCAGCAGCGAUGAAGAUGAAGAACAGAAGAACCCCUCUUCCUCAUCUCUGCCCCAGGGUGCCCAGAGCACAGCGGGUACACAGGGCGGGUAUCACAGCAUGCCCCUCCUCAACCAACCAAACAGGCCACAGGAGAGCUCCGGAGCUAGCAUCAAUACACUCAAAAACGACCUGCAGCUCAGCGAAUCCGGCAGUGAGAGCGACUAAAGUCCGGGCCUUAAACUGUUCCUCUGUAGCCACUUCAUUCACAACUUCAAUCUUUAUUUAUUUGUCAGGUAAAGUAGCAUUCACAAAUGAGGAAAAUCAUUAGUUGUAUUAAUUUAAAGUUGUAACAUUUCAUUGGAUGCAAAUUUACAUCAACAGGAAAAAAUGUAUCAUUAUUGUCUUAUUUGAUACAUUUGCUUUUUCAUUUUAUAGUUUAAGCUUUCAUUUUAGGUAUAAAUGUGUGCCUUAGCUCCAAAGUCAGGGAUUAAUAACUCAGAGUGGUUAUGUCCACACAUAGGCAAGUAUUUAUGAAAAUUCAAGCUGCUUUUUAAGUGUUUUUCUUUUAAAAUAUGCACUAUGUAUUUUUUCUGUUGGAGGGUCCACCACCGACUUGUCUCCAUAGAGAUGUUAAUGUUAUGCCUUGAAUUCCAAUCUUGCAUUUACUUACUAUCAAGUGUUUUUAUUGCUAAAAACAUGCAUUCUUUCUGUGAGUGGGUAGCCUCUCCACCGAUCUAACUUGUAACUUGCUGUUGGCAGCACCUGCUUGAUAGAAGUUUAAUGCCGUACUGUGGAACAUUCCUGGCAAAGCAACAACAUCUGUAUCGAGACAAGCAAGUGGGAGAUGCCAGAAAAGUUACAUAAUGCACCUUACUUUGAGAAAAUCAGAACAAUUAUCUUAAAGUGAACAGUUUUUUGUAAGUUAAAUACAUUUCCUACAGUGCCCCCUAGUUUUAGAUUUUCAUUGUAGUUUUACAUUUGGUUACGUUAUCAAAAUGUCUACCCAUACACAACUCAAAGGUACAACUUAAACAAGUAUGCUAAUUGGUGAUAAAUUACGUACACUUUGUUUUCAAAAUGCUUACCAUGUGAACCUAGAUUGUAAUUUUUUUUUUUUACUUAUUUUCUAAUUAAAUUGUUUACAAUGAGCUACAAUUAAGUCUUAAUGGUCUCAAAAAUGUAAUAUUGAAGUAAGAAUGUAGCAUUGGGAAUAUAGCUGCCAUUCUUCAAACUAAUAGACUCCUGCUUGUGUUAGAAACGCUGUGAAUCAAACCUGUUGCUAAGUGUCCGCUGGCUACUAAAUCAGCGCUAUAGGUGGCGUUACCUUCAACAGCUUCUCUCUGCAUUAGUUCUUUGGUUGCUAUGAAACUUGUGGACAGAAUUCCAAAUAUGGAACUCUGCUCUAAGUUACAUUUUGCAACUAGUUUACCCUCACAGUUGUGCCAUAUUAACUGAAUAAGUUGUGUUCAUGGAAUGUCACAAACAAUAUUAUAAAUCACCUAUAGCUUUACUUUGAGAUGAAAAGCUAUUUAACAAUCAAUUUAAACAUCAUAUUCAACCAGAUUUUACUCUCUUCCUGCCCCAAUCCACUUGAAGCAAAAAACUGAUUUUUAUUUUUUUUUGUAAAAAACAUGUUAACGAUUAUGUUAACAUGAUCAUUUUCAACAUUUGUGAAUUUUAUGUUUUGGUAUUUCUUUCCAAAAUUAUGUGAUUGAUAUAAAAAUGUAGAUGGAGGACAAGGGCAAAUAAUUACACAAACAAAACCUAAAACUUAAUGUUGUAGUUUUCAUUUGGUAGUGAACUUGGCAAAUAAAUGUUGAAAUGUUAAGAGUGCAAAAUGUAGCCCAGUGUUCCUUUAAAGGAUCUUACUCUUAAAAGGUACAGUCACAGCUGUUCCUUAACCUGCAGAUAGAGGACACGUGUUGUUCUCAGUCACAAGUUUUACCUCCUCACUCACUGUAAGGACAUGGCUCAUAUGAAAGCUCAGAACUUCCAGAAUUCACUCACUGGGCUCCAGAGUAUGCACUAACACUGGGAAUGACCUGAAUCCUCACUACCUAAACCCCAGUGCCUGCAGCCAGAGAAGGGUCCUUUUUAGGUUUAAACCAACUGGAUUUCAGCAUUGAAAAUGGCAACCCAAAUGAGACAUAUAUGAGCCUCAUUCUGCUUUCUGAUUGGAUAAUCAUCUUGAGAACCAAAACACCAAAUUAUCACAUAAAUAAAUGGAACAUCAUGUCAAAUCUUGCAGUUCCUUUAAGCAGUGGUUUUCAAAUGGUAAUGAGUAAUUAGUAAAUUGGUAAUGGAGACCGAGUAUGUGCUGAAGUUGUAAUUGCUAUUAAAAAAAAUUAAAAACAAAACAGAAAUUCACAAUAAAGAAUAAUGUAACCUGAACUAGAAAAAAUGCCUAAUACUAAAAUCAUAAUUUGUUGCUUUUCUACUAAACAGAUAUACUAGGUCCACCCCAUUUUAAAUGCCUAAAUUACGUAUAAAAAUACUAUGACAAAUGACAAGUAAAGUACAUGACCCAGAGAGAUUCUAGCAACAAAAAUAAAUAGGCAAAAUAGAUUUAAUAUAGUUUAAAAUUGAGCUAGAGGACAGGGCAGAAUUCAGUGGAAUUCAGUCAGAUUGCAGAUUUCUAGACCUGGCAUAUGAUUAAUAUCUCUGCUAAUUUUUGUGUCAAGUCAAUAAGCCCAGUAAUUACAUAAAGUUAAAUGUCUUAUCUAUAUAUAUUUUCCCUUAUCUUUUUAGUAUUGGUAUUUUGCAGCUGAUGUCAUCAACAUUUCCUGUGGGUGUGACGCUUGCUGUAGGCAAACUCUGUGGAUUUUGUUUCAAGGGAAAACUGUAUACCAUUCUGUGUUAAACAAAGUUUAGAAGUCUAACAAAGCCUCAGACAAAGUAGAAAACUUAAUUUUUUACAAUUAUUGUAUAUAAUGUAAGGCUGUUUUUUUGUAAAAAAAAAAAAAAAAAUUCCUGCAGUCACUGAUCUACAAAGCUAAAGCUGACUCCAUCCGCACAAUGGUUACAACUUUUUGCAUCCUUAUCAAAACUUAUUUCUACUGUCAUCCUUCUGUUAUUUUCCUCCUUCUCUAUGUUGAGUUCACAUGUAAAGUCUCGUGGACGCACGUCUUGGCCACACUGUUUCUGUGGCAUGUUUCAAAGCAUCAGAGGGGCGCGAAUCUGGUGUUGACUUGUCACGUCUUGAGCGUUCAGGCGUCAGAUGCUCCGUUCGCACAUCCAAAAGAUGAAAAGGCUGAGCUUUUUGGUGUUUGACGCACAGCAUCAACCAAUAAGAGACUACGGUCCAGUGACAAAGCGACAUCAUUAUCCAGAACAAGUAGAAAGACAUCAGCCACAAACUAGCAGCAACUUAAUUAUGCUGGGCGCACUGGCUUGUUUAAAGGCUAGUCACGGAGCCAGAUCACCUCUGUUGAUGGGUUUUAUGUAAUAAAUACAUGAAAGUCACUCUCUCAACCUGGUCUGUAGUGUUCACAAAGACACAAGGAAAACAAAACAUCCAAAGGCAGACCACAAGCGACACUCUGGACGUGCGUGAAGAUGUCGUGCGUCUAGAGCGUCCAAGACGCGCGUCGGAGGCGUUUUUCCUCAAAAGCAAAGGCGUCCAACUAGUAAAGUCCAAUGCGUUCUUGACGCCCCAGAGUCACACUGCUCGCAUCGAACAUUUAUGUAAAUUUGACUAAAUGCAUUCUGUACUGUGCAGGAGAUACAGCAUCUCCAUUAUCCAAUCAGGACGCAGAACACACACCUUCAUACACUGUAAAAAAAAAGCAUGCAAGAUUGCACAAAAAAAAUCUGCAAAAAGUGAACUGCGAUAUAGCAAGGGACCACUAUACUAUGAAGUGAAAUUGGUGGCUAAGCUGUGGCUACAACAUGUGUACUGAUUUGUGCUGUUAAACAAGUUUCUCUCAAAUAACAUUACAGUCACAAGCUAGUUAUCAUUAGCCAAUAGUUGUUUUUUUUGUUGAAAAUAAAAUACUUAAACAGGAACAAAAACACUCAUAUUGGUCUCAGGCACCUAAAAAUGUGUUGUUUAAAUCAAUUUUCUGUUUUCUCUUGAGGUUUUAGACCAUCUUAAAACUUUUUGGGCUGCGUUUGCUAUAUGUGUUCAUUGUGUCACCAUGAUAACUUCUGAACAUUCCACCAUAGAAAUGCAAGCAGUACAUCCCUAGUGUGAUGUCACUGCAAAGUAUCAAUUGAACAGCUGUGACAUUAUUCAAAAGGCACUGUACUCAAGUUUACUAUCUCAAAAGCAUAACUAUUUACACACUUGUAAAGCUAACACCAACUAGCAUGCUAACGUGCACUUCCUGAUUUUGACAAAAGCGCUUUGAAAUCGGAUGCAGACAGUACACAGUGGACUUAUUUUGACCUCGAGAGCUUUAUAUACAAUAUUUCUAAACUUGGACAAGGCACAUUUUGCUCAAAUACAUAGAAAAACAUUGGGUACAGAGCCUUUAAGAUUAAGAUAAAAAAUGCCUAACAAUACACGAUGAGGUUGAACAUUUGUGUAUCAUAAAAUAAAUCUCCCAUAGAGUUAUGUAGGCCCCUGCCCUCCAUCUGAAAUCAUGACCUCAAAUGAGAACACAAACCAAACCAUUUGAGAACCACUGUCUUAGUUAAAUAUUGAACUAAGCCAGUGGUUAAGAUGAUGCAUAUAGGCCUGUUAUAACAAUUGCGAUAUAUUGUUGUAGUAAAUAUAGAUGAUAAAUGAUAAUAUUGAAACUAAACUAUGAAGCUGAAUUAUCCCCCACAAAAAUAUUUUAAAUAUACAAUAUUGUUAAAUGUGAAUGUGCAUUCAGGUAUUUAUUUUUUGCAGCUCAUAGUUUUUAAGUCAUUCUUUUGAAUCUAUAUUGAGUCAUAGAAAUUCAUAAUUCCUUCUACAGCUCAAAUCUCAUUGUAAUACAGAACAAUAACCAAACAUUUCCCAGAACCACACAGAAAAAGUACCCACAAUAAAUAUUGUUCCAUCUAACAUGUAUUGAAGGAUAAUUUGAUAAGUUAUUUAUUGUGACAGGCCUAGCUUCAUGGUUGCAAACCUGUGAAACUUGAAUUAAUUUAUAACCUCUAUGUAUCUAUGCAGACAUUUCUUAAUAUAUUUAUGUAUUUUCGCCAAUUGCCAAGCUGAUGAAAGUGCAGGUUGUGUGCUUGGAUCUCACUGAGUCUUAAGUGUGCCUAUCUAAAGCCUUAUUACAGUAAUAUUAACCUAUGUAAGAUUGCAUUGACUUAUUGCGUUGACACUGCAGCGGGUCACUGUGAAUGUGGGAGAAUCAAAUGUAAAAUAUUUGGAUUUAAUUUGUAGGAAAUAAAGAUUU